AACAUGGCUUCAUCUGCGAAAAGAAGAGCGAUUGGAAGCGGAGAAAAUCCUGAAGAUAGUGAUGUCAGCUCGGAUGAAGGAGUAGAGGAUUCCGGAGAGGAGAGCGACAAUUCAGAAGAAGAAAUAAAUGAGGAGGUUGUGGUGGAUUUUGAGGCACACACGAUAUCAGACACCGAUUUUAACGGCAUUAAGAAACUCCUGCAGCAGCUAUUCCUGAAGGCGCACGUGAACAUCUCUGAACUCACUGACGUCAUCAUCCAGCAAAAUCACAUAGGCAGCGUCAUCAGGCAAGCCGAGGUGCCUGAUGACAGCGAUAACGAGGAUCCAGAUGAAGUGUUUGGGUUCAUCAGUAUUAUAAACCUGACUGACAGAAAGGGUAUGGAGUGUGUGGAGCAGAUAAAGGAGCUGGUUUUGGGACAGUGUGAGAAAGUGUGCUCAGCCGCUGUGCAGGAGCAGUUUCAGCAGAUUAUGGAGGACGUGUCUCAGAGUGUUGGCCUGCUGCUCAGUGAACGAUUUAUCAACGUCCCGCCACAGAUCGCCCUGCCACUCUACACACAACUGCUUGAGGAGAUAUCUGAAGCACAGAGGACCAAUAAACCCAGUGGGAAAUGCCAGUACUGUCUGAUGAUCAGCAAAACAUGCCAGGAAGCCAAGAAGAGCAUUCCAGCACGAGGGCCUGCCACAAAGAUGCCCAUAUUUGUCAACGCAGAGGAGGAAUUCUUUUACGAGCAAGCUGUGGUGAAGUUUCACUACUCGGUCCAGGAGGAAGCUGAUUCAUGUCACUCAGGACGAUGGUCGUUCGAUGAUGUACCUAUGAAACCCUUCCGGACAGUGUGUCUGAUCCCCAUGGACAGAAUGCCAGCAAUUAUGGGCAAGCUGAAGGACUUUCUCACAAUCUGAAUACAUCACAACGCACUUCAUCAGCCUUACAUGUCCAAGUCUUUCAUUUCCCUAUAACACACCAAAAACUGAGGGACUACUGCAUGGACACAGUCAGGGUCGACACGUACAAGUGCUCUGUGUCGAGAUAAUAUCCGUCAGGACCUCAAAGUCUGCUGAACGUCCUCAAUUAAACACAUUUUACCAA